CUUUCUUUCACAACAUUAAAAACACCCAACACCACGACUUACCCAGUUCCCACCAUGUCCGUUUCCAUGACACGAUGUCCCUCGCUCCGAUACCUCCAAAUCAACAACUGCCUCAAUAAAGCAAGACCCAGCCGCCAAUUCUCCACCCAUCACCCUCUCCGCACGCACUCCAACACCUCCACCUCCACCUCCGCAUCCGCCAUUGCAACAGCCUUCCUCUCGCGCUUCCAAUCCCUCGGCCCACAAACCCGCACGCAAGUCCUCGACGCCAACCAACUCCAUCUCCUUUCGCUCACUCUCAGCCGGCCCUCUCUCUUCCCGGACUCCCCAUCCCUGUCCAACGCCUCCACGCCGCUACCCACCGGCACCCCACUCCCGGCCGGCUACCACCUCGCCUACUUCACCCCGGCAUUCCUCGAGACCGAACUCGGUAUCGACGGCACUGACACCUCCUACAACCCAGCCGCCCCCUUCACCCGCCGCAUGUGGGCCGGCGGGGAGGUGCAAUGGCCGCGGGACGCCACGACCGGCGAACCGAAUCUCCUCCGCGUGGGCCAGGAGGUCCACGAGACGACGCGGGUGCUGAGCGCCUCGCCCAAGGUCAUCGGCAAGACGGGCGAAGAGAUGAUCGUGGUCGGCGUGGAGAAGGAGUUCCGCAAUGAGGACGGAAUCGCGGUUGUAGAUCGGAGGAAUUGGAUCUUCCGCAAAGCCCUAACAUCCCCCUUACCACCAACCCGAACAGCCACCCCACCACCACCACCACCCACCACAACCGAACUCCCCAAACCAGCUACCACCACCACCACGACAACAGGGAAAACCCACACGCGCACCCUACGCCAGACCCCCGUCACGCUCUUCCGGUUCUCGGCCCUGACCUUCAACCCGCACAAGAUCCACUACUCGACGCCGUGGGCGCGCGAGGUCGAGGGCCAUAGGGAUAUCGUGGUGCACGGCCCAUUGAACCUGAUUGCCAUGCUGGAUCUGUGGCGCGAUACGCGAUCCUCCCGAGAACUGUCGCUGCCGGAGAGGAUCAGCUACCGCGCGACGAGUCCGCUGUAUGUCGAGGAGGAGUAUCGGGUGGUGCUGGAUGAGGAGGCGGCGGAUGGGGUGGGGCGGGUCCAGAUCUUGGGGCCGGGGGAGGUGGUGGCUAUGAAGGCUGAGAUUCGGUAGCUGCUUCUGAUUCCUCGCCUUUGCUAGGGGUGUUUUGAGGAUACUAUAUAAGUAUAAGUAAUGAGGGGGGGAGGGGGUUGCUGAGGAACCUGCGCCUGCAUUUCUUCCGUCCAUGUAUAUAGUAUGUCGGCGCUCUGUGGGCGUUGCUUUUUGGUGUGUCACCAGAGGAUGAGCUUUAGAGGUCUGAAAUAUUGACUGGGUCGAAGCUAGGUACCAGCUCUCGAGUACCGUGGUUCUGUCUGUAGACACCUCCUGAUCUCUGACUCUCGCCUAUGGCCACCAGAUACAGUAAAUAACUUGCAGGCU